UUCACCAUUUAAAUCAAUGGAUAUUUGAUCUCAUGUUUUCAGUCAUAAUUAAACAUGAAGAUGAUCAACAAUCAAAAAUAAAUUGAGGUCAAAACAAUCAAGUCGUUUUUAAACUCGAACUUGAAAUGUUAUUCUGACCAAUCAAACUAAUCAAGGUUAUUUAAACUCAUUGAUUAACCAUGGUUACCCUUUUUUAAUCAUCAUCAUCACAAUCUAAAUUCUGGUUAACCCUGAUAUUAGUUAACUAACGAUUAUGAUGAUCAGUUUGUUGUUUACAUGAAAACCAAAUCCCAAUUGAAACUAAUCAAGAGGCUCGGCUAUUUUUUAUAUCAUCUUCAUCUUCAUCUUCAUCUUCAUCUUCAUCCUCAUCUUCUGUCAGGUCACUUAUCCUGUUAUAUAACCAGUUUGACGGGAUUAGACCCGGAGUCGACCCCGAAGUCCGAACCAUCAGGUCAAUUCAUUUACCUUGUAUCUUCCUGAAGAUUUACUUAGAAAAAGUUAAUUCAGUGCAGAGCGAUUGUGUUACAAUUUAAUUUGAUUCUGAUUAAAUUGUCUAAAUUUUUAAAAGUGUUAAUCAUCUUCGUUAAUUGUUUUCUUUUUCUUCGUUGAUUCUUUAAUUUAUCCUUUUGUUUUUCUAUUGUUUCAAGUUAACUGGACAUGAUUGACCAACAGGAAAAAAAUCAACAACAAUUUGACCAACAAUCACCUUCAUCAUCACCAUCACCUCCAUCGGAAUCAAUUGAUGAUGAAACAAUUAAAGGAUCUGUGGUCAUUGUAAAUAAUGAUUUAGAUCAUGUUGGUGAGAUAAUUAAUUCAUCAACAGGGAUAAUUACCAUUAAUACAGAAACACCUUCAUCACAAUCAACUAAUAACUCACCGUUACCAUCGCCUAAUCAAUUUCCAAUUACAUUACCACCUCCGCCGUCAUUUUCAUCACCAUCUCCUCAACCAACACCACCACCGAUAACAAUUAACUGUCCACCUCCUUUAUUUGACCAAAGUCCACUGAUUAACAAUGAUGAUUAUGAAAUUAAUAAAGAGGAUCCAUUAACCUUACAAUUAACUGAUCUGAAAAUCCGUGGAUCCCGUUUACCAGGGGACAAUGGGUCAAGUCCAACGAUUGUACCUGAAUGGUUUAAUCGUGAACUCUUUGACCUUGGCCGGUCAGUUGGACGUAAUCAUUUCUCUUCCGUCCUGUUCGGCCAUUUAUCUGGUCUAACAAUGGUUGUCCAUAUCCCGUCAAUUUUGGCCACUUUAUUGGCCACAGGUAAAUCAAGGACUCUUGGUGAUAUCUUUGAACGUUAUCUUGGUACCUUGAGCCAUGUGAUCACUUGGUACGAAGGUGACAUUUGGAAUCAAAAUGAUCCAGCCCAUAAAUCAUUGAUGACAGUCCGUCGGAUGCAUUCAAAUGUGGCCUCAAGGAUGAAUCCACCGCGACCCGGUAAUCACAACAAUCAUCAAUCUAGUGACAAUCAAUACACACCGCCAACUAAUGAUCGGCAAAUUUAUUUAUCACAAUACGAUAUGGCCUUAACUCAGUUCGGUUUCAUUGGGAUGAUCAUUUUACACCCUAAGCAGGUCGGUUUUCCCGACAACUCUCAAGAUCUGAUUGGCCUGAUUCACUUUUGGCGUUGUGUGGGCUACCUUUUGGGGCUUGAUGAUCGAUUUAACAUUCUUAAUGAAUCUGAUCUUCAAGGUACAAGAUCACUUUGUGCUCGACUUUUGGAAACGGAAUUUAAACCGGCAAUUAAUCGAUACCCAACCAAUCAAGCGAGUCAAAUGUCCGCCGCAAUUGUCCAAGCAAUUAAAGCGGUGAUUCCGCUUCUGUCCACCUCUGGGUUUACCAAAUAUCUUUACAAAAUGAACACUUUGGACUCGCCAGUCCCACUCGACGGAACUGCCGCUCGGGUUGGUUAUCAGGGAAUCAAAGUAAUCAUGAGAAACUGUUUACCGAAACCGCUAUUAACUCCAGCAAUUAACGCUCUCCUACGUAAAUCAAUUGUUCGAGCACAGAAAAAAAGUGAUACAAUUAAAUCGCGAUUAACUAACAAAGAUGAUCUUAUCUUAGAGGAAACUUGUUUCACUGAUGUUUAAUUGUCUCUAUUUUUUAUUGUUUAUUGUUGUUGUACAAUCAAAUCAAUUUGAUUAUUAUCUGUCUCUAAUUGUUGACAAAAACAUAAUUUAUCUGCUCUGUUUUUCAUCCAUUUCUUAAUGUAAUCCAAUUAUUAUGAAGACACAAUUAAAAAUUAACACUUUGAACACUCA